AUGGGCGGUGACCCAGUCCCAGCCGACAACCCAGUCCCGGCCGACGAAUGCACCACAACAGAACCGAACCCCAAACGGCCAGAACGAACACCGACUUUCGCAGACUACCUCAGAGUCUUCAGCUAUGCGACGAAAUGGGACUUUUGCAUAUACGCGAUCGCCUCGCUGGUGUCGAUCGGAGCGGGUAUAACUCUGCCUCUCAUGAACGUCAUUUUCGGGCAGCUUGUCGACCAGUUCACGGACUACUUCCGAGAUGGCGACGACAUAACUCGCGAUGAUUUUCAGAAACUCCUGAAUCAACAGGCUUUAUAUAUCAUGGCCCUCUUCCUUGCCCGUUGGGGCCUGAACGCCAUCGACAAGUUCUGCUUCAGGAUGAUAGGCAUCCGCUUGUCGUCAGCAGUGCGCCUGCAUUACUUGCAAUCGAUAUUUGCCCAAUCGAUCCACGUCAUCGACUCCAUGCCUCCUGGAGCGCCCGCGACCGCUAUCACGACUACAUCGAAUACUCUGCAGAUUGGUAUUUCUGAGCGCCUGGGGACAUUCGUGCAGUUCUUGAGCACCAUCGUGGCUGCCGUGAUCAUCGCUUUCACUUGGAGCUGGGAUCUGACGUUGGUGACGUCCUCGUUGAUCCUGUAUACCUUGGUCGUCCUGUCGGUCGUCUUGCCAUUCAUCGUCAAGGCCCAGACGGCGACUGGGCAGGCGGAUGCCGAAGGAACAGCUAUUGCCACCGAAGCUCUCGAGGGAAUCCGGCUGGUUAUGGCUUGUGGUGCUCAAGGCCGUAUUGCUUCUCGUUACGGAGAAUGGGUGCAAGAGGCUAUGAAAAGGGCCCAAAAAAUGGCCCCUUUCAUCGGUGCUCAGUUCGGUCUACUCUUCUUCGGGGUAUUCGGAGCGUUCGGCCUGGCUUUCUGGUACGGCAUCCAACGGUACAUUGCCGGCGGCAUCGACAACGCCGGCGUGGUUAUUGUCGUGCUCAUGUCCGUCAUGAUGAUCCUCACCUCCUUGGAGCGCAUUGCGACGCCGCUCAUGGCUGUCAGCAAGGCCAUGGUUGCCGCCUGUGAGCUGUUUACGGUGAUCGAUGCGCCCCUGCCCAAAUCUGGGUCCCUCAAGCCGGAAAUCACCUCCGAAGACAUCUUAUUCGAGGACGUGACGUUUGAAUAUCCCAGCCGGCCCGGUGUCAGAGUUCUAGAUGCGCUGAGCUUCCGCAUUCGCUCAGGCCAGAACACUGCUCUCGUUGGUCCAUCUGGAUCUGGAAAGAGCACAGUGGUUGGCUUACUGGAGCGGUGGUACUCUCUAAGAGAACAGCACACGCUGCCCCAGGUGGUCCAGCCUAAGCCGCAGGAGAAAUCAAAUGAUGGAAAGGAUAACAACACUGAAGAUGGGAAGAGUGACCACACUGAAGACGACUCGAAGACGAUUGCCAAUCCCACCCUCUCCGGCUCCAUAAUGGCGGGUGGUUUCAAUUUGGAAGAUUUCGACCUCAAAUGGUGGAGAGCACAGGUCGGCCUGGUCCAGCAAGAGCCCUUCCUCUUUAACGACACCAUCUUUGGCAAUGUUGCAAACGGUCUUCUCGGAACCGAGUGGGAAGAUGAGCCCGAAGAGCGGAAGCGAGAGCUGGUUCAGGAGGCAUGCCAGGAAGCCUAUGCCCAUGACUUCAUCAGUCGCCUACCCGAUGGCUACGACACACGAGUCGGUGAUGCCGGGGCGAAGUUGUCAGGGGGUCAGAAGCAACGUCUUGCCAUUGCCAGGAGCAUCAUCAAAAAGCCACGGAUUAUCAUCCUGGACGAAGCCACCAGCGCAAUCGACGCCAAGAGCGAAAGGAUAGUCCAAGCUGCCCUCGACAGAGUCACGCGGAACCGCACAACCAUCACCAUUGCCCACCGCCUCUCGACGAUCAAAAAGGCCGACCACAUCGUUGUCAUGCAGAAGGGGCGAGCAGUCGAGGAAGGCACACAUCAGAGCCUUAUUUCCAAUCCCACUGGCGUCUACAGCGCUCUGGUCCGGGCACAAGCAUUACAUGUGUCCAAUACUGAUGAAGUGGAGCCUGGUACGCUGGCACCGAAGUUCGACGCAGAGCCAGAUAAUGUAUCCAGCAGUUCCAAACAGGCCAUGGUCCCAGAUCACGACGAUAAGUCCGAAGGAAAGGUGGCCGGCAAGCCUCGGGGCUUUAUCCGCGCAUUCAUGGGAGUUCUAUCCAUCCAGCGAGUGCAGUGGCCUUACUACCUCACCGUCAUCCUGUCCGCCAUGGCGGUAGGAGCGGGUACGCCGAUCCAAGCCUGGCUGUUCGCAAAGGUCGUCGGCGUUUUCCUUCUGCAGGGCGACGAACUCAAGAAGGCAGGAGACUUCUGGGGCUUGAUGUGGUUCGCUCUGGCUGGGGGCGUCGGCAUCGCGUACCUCUUCCAGGGGUGGAUCAGCUUACGCAUUCAGUUCUUCGUCAGUGCAGCUUGCAAGAGGGAAUACCUUACCGGCAUGCUGCACCAAGAGCUCCGCUUCUUCGACGAGGACAAAAACGCCCACGGCACACUGAGCGCGCGGAUAGCGAGCGAUGCAAAGCAGAUAGAAGAGCUGUUUGGCUUGAAUCUGGCAUUUAUGCUCUCGGGUAUCUUCAACGUCAUCGGCUGCGUCACCAUCGCGCUCGUCUUUGGAUGGAAGCUCGGCCUGAUUUCCAUGUUCAUCACGAUGCCGAUCUUGCUUGCGUCAGGCUUCUGGAAGUACAGGCAGGAGGUGCAGUUCGAAGAGAUGAACUCGGCCGUCUUCAUGGAAAGCUCGCAGUUCGCGGCCGAGGCCAUCGGCGCCAUCAGAACAGUCUCGUCCCUCACGAUGGAGUCCAGAAUCAACGGCCGAUACCAGAAGCUCCUGCACGGCCACGUCCGGGAAGCGCUCCACAAAGCCAAGUGGACGGCACCGCUUUUCGGCUUCGCCGACAGCGCCAGUCUCGGCUGCCAGGCCUUGGUUUUCUGGUAUGGCGGCGGGCUCCUGGCCAGCGGCGAGUACUCGAUGGAGGCAUUCUUCGUCUGCUUCAUGGCCAUCAUCCAAGGAACCGAGGCGGCAAGUCAAGCCCUCUCCAUCACGCCCAACGCCGCACAGGCGCGAGCAGCCGCGAAUCGUAUCCUCGACAUCCAAGAAUCCGCGCUUCUCGACCAAGUCCCCCCAACAGCAACAAAGGAGAACGACAGCAGCAUACCCGAAUCCGAGGGCGGCGUCCGGAUCGAACUGCGGGACGUCCACUUCAAGUACCCCACGCGCGACGCCCUCAUCUUCGACGGCCUCAACCUGACCAUCGAAAAGGGCCAGUACGCCGCCUUCGUCGGGCCCUCCGGCUGCGGCAAGACCACCACCAUCUCCCUGCUCGAGCGCUUCUACGAGCCCACCCGCGGCGCCGUCCUCUGCAACGGCGUCGACAUCAGCAGCAUCGGCGUCUACGACUACCGCCGCAGCCUCUCGCUCGUCGCGCAGGAGCCGACCCUCUUCCGCGGCACCAUCCGCGACAACAUCCUGUUCGGCCUCAACGCCGACCAGAGCGCCGCCGUGUCGGAGGAGAGGAUCCACGAGGUGUGCCGCGACGCCUUUAUCCAUGACUUUAUCGUUUCGCUGCCCGAGGGUUACGACACCGACGUCGGCCUGAAGGGCGUCUCCUUGUCCGGCGGCCAGAAGCAGCGCAUCGCCAUCGCGCGCGCGCUGAUUCGCGACCCCAAGAUCCUGCUGCUGGACGAGGCGACGUCGGCGCUGGAUUCGGAGUCGGAGAAGAUCGUCCAGGCGGCUUUCGAGAAGGCGCGGAGUGGCCGCACCAUGAUCGCCGUCGCGCACCGGCUGUCGACCAUCCAGAAUGCUGAUGUCAUCUUCGUGUUCGAUGAGGGGAGGGUGGUGGAGAAGGGCACUCACAACGAGCUUGUGAGGAAGCAGGGUGUUUAUUGGGAAAUGUGUCAAAGUCAAGCCUUGGAUCAGUAG